AUGGCGACAAUCAGCAUCAAAGAUCAUCGUCUCCCCUACGAUACCUAUAAUCUGUACGACGUCACCUUCUUCACCGACGAAAUCCACACCCUCGUCACCCAAAUCCCCGGUCCCCUCCAUCAAUGGAUCCUCGAAACCACCCACCAGCAGCAGCAGCAGCAGCGGACCUCCAACUCAUCUGCCGCUGCAGCCGUGCAAGUGGUGGUUGGCCUGGACGUGGAGUGGCGCCCCAACUUCAGCCGCAACAGCGACAACCCAAUCGCGACCCUCCAGCUCUGCAUCGGCAACAGGUGCGUUAUCUUCCAGCUCAUCCACUCCCCCUCCAUCCCGCAAUCCCUCUUCGAUUUCCUCCGGAGCAAGGACUAUGUCUUCGCUGGCGUCGGAAUCCACAGCGACGCGAGGAAGCUGUUGAAGGAUUACGGGCUGAAAGUGGCGAACGUGGUUGACCUGAGGCUACUGGCGGCGAAAACGCUUGGAGUGAAGGCGCUGAAGAACGCGGGACUGAAGCAGCUGACGAAGGAGGUGCUGGGGAAAGAUAUCGCGAAGCUCAAGACAGUACAGAUGAGCAGGUGGGACAACUUUUGGCUCACUCCUCCCCAAGUUCAGUAUGCCUGCCUUGAUGCCUUCUUGUCUUGUAAGAUUGGGGAAACUCUCAUGGCUACCGCAGCUGGUAGUGGUGGUGCUUAG